AUCUCUUGGCUAGAUUGCCGAGGUGGGGUGGGGGUGAGAGACUGCCGCUUCGGGAUUUUGAUUGUGGGGGCAGCCGCUCUGCCAGAGAGAGCGGCCAGGGAUGCGCUGGCCGGGGGAAAAGCCAGGCUGACGGAGGGCGGGCGGGAGAGAACUAAUUUCAGCGUGCGAGACGAGGUGACAGCGGGGACCAGCCCGGGCGGGGACCGGGACUGGAAGAGCUCAAGGACUCAGCGGCUGGGCCGCAGGUUGGGGUCGGAGGUAGGGGAAGCGCAGGGAAGAGGGUGCCGCGGAGUCUCUGGGGUGUAAGAAGCUUUAGCUUAGGGUCUGGCCGGCAAAGAACAGUAGACGGGAAGGUUCUGUAUGGGGAAGGCCAUAAGAGAGUGAGCGGAAACAGAGGAAGUAGGAGCCUGGGGGGAGGUCUUCUGGUGGGAAGUGACUGAGCGAGGAAAGACUGAUGUGAAGUUGUCUUAAAAGGAGCGUGAAAAGGUUGGUGAGAAGUGUUUUAGAAGGAGCGUGGAAAAGUUGGUGUGAAAUUAUCCUAAAAGGAGAGUGGAAAGGUUGGUGUGAAGUGUAUUAAAAGGAGCGUGGUCGGGUCUUUGGGGAGUAAGUGGAAAGAAGCGUGGACAAACAGUAGAGAGUGACUUAAGAGAACGGUCAGUGCAAGGAACGUGGUGUGGAAAAGCAGACCAGGGCUUGGAAUUGGGGAAAAGGUUCGCGGAAGUGGCUGGAGGAGGGCAAGGCCCCGUGAGGGGUGGUGGAAGUGGACGGAAGCGAGCGGAUGUGAAGGCGGUGACACUGAGGGUUUGUAGCAAGUGGAAGUGCUGGUGUCUAAGGAAGGUCAGGGAGUGGAGGCAGAGGAGUGCGAGGAGGAGAAGAGUGGGUGAAGGAGGCGGCUUGCGCACCGGAAUGAGGGACCGGAGGCUGGUGAAGUUGGCCCUGCUGCAGCAUCUCCGAGCCACCUAUGGCAUAAAGAUCAAGGGCGGACGAGGGCAUUUGGAUUUCGGACGGCAGGAAUCACCAGCCGUAACUAUUGGGGGGAAAAUAUUUGGAGUACCUUUUUCCACACUACCCCAGUCGUUUGUACCAGAAUAUGGAAACAUUCCAAGUUUUCUUGUUGAUGCUUGCACAUCUUUAGAAGAACAUGUUCAUAUUGAGGGACUUUUUAGGAAAUCUGGUUCUGUUAUCCGUCUGAAAGCACUGAAGAGCAAAUUGGAUCAUGGUGAAAGCUGUCUAUCUUGCCCUCCGUGCGAUAUUGCAGGACUUCUAAAGCAAUUUUUUAGGGAGCUGCCAGAACCCAUUCUUCCUGUUGAUUUGCACGAAGCUCUUAUCAAAGCUCAACAGUUGGAAACAGAGGAGAAGAAUAAUGCUACAAUGUUGCUCUCUUGUCUUAUGUCUGAUAGUAUAAUUUAUAUAUUACGAUACUUCUUUAACUUUCUCAGGAAUGUUUCUCUUAGAGCCGGUGAGAAUAAGAUGGAUAGUAGUAAUCUUGCAGUAAUAUUUGCUCCAAACCUUUUACAAUCAAGUGAUGGACAUGAAAAAAUGUCAGUCAAUACAGAAAAAAAGCUUCGCUUGCAUGCUGCAGUGGUAAAGACUCUGAUUGAUCACGCAGCUGAUAUUGGGCGUGUGCCAGAGUUUAUCUUAGAAAAGAUACCAGUCAUGUUGGGUAUUGAUGGCCCCGGUUCUACUCCAUCACUUGACGGCUGUGAAGAAGGUGAAUAUGAAUCUCCUAUUGAACAAAAGAGAAAGAGAAGACAGAGUGUAGGUGAUUUUGUUAGUGGAGCAUUGAAUAAGCUUAAGUCAAAUAAAACACCUUCUACUACACCUCAGCAAGAGAAAACUGCUUUGUCAUCAGUGACACCAGUGAUUCUUACACCCAAGAUAAAACGAAAACUACCAAUAGAUUCUUCACAUGGCUUUUCAAGCAAAAAAAGGAAAUCCAUCAAAGCCAGUUUAAACUUUGAGUUGUUACCAAGUAGUCUCUUCAGUAGUGUUUCAACACCUGCAUCAGUUCAAUUUGAAGAAAGUCCUGGUGCAUCUUCCCAGAGUUCCAUCUCCCCUAUAGCCAUCAGUGGUAAUCAUCUAUUCAAUACAGGUGUUCAGAGGAGAAGCAAAAGAAUUGCAAGCAAAAAAGUAUGCAGGGUAGAGUCAGGAAAGGCUGGUUGCUUUUCCCCUAAGAUAAGUCGUAAGGAAAAAGUCCGAAGAUCUCUCCGCCUCAAGUUUAGCCUGAAGAAAAGUAGCAGAGAUGUAAACAGAUGUUCUGGUUUGAAUAGAUAUGAACAUGUUGGACGAAGACUUGCAAGUCAACAAGAUUUUAAAAACAGGAUUGAAUCUGUAAAAACUGGACUGCUUUUUAGCCCUGAUGUUGAUGAAAGAUUAACAAAGAAAGGGUCAAAGCGAAUCAGCAAAUCUGAGGAAAAUUUGUUGACUCCAGAACAAACAGAUGAUGUAAAUUAUCGAAUGUCUUGGACUGGACCUAAUGAUACCAAUUUUCAAGAAAUUAGGACAAAUGGAACAUCACUUCUGGAAACUUUGAACAAGGAAAGCAGUCCUUCCAAACCUGUUCUUAGGGUUGAAAUGCCACCUGAAUUUCCUUGUGAAUUCACAGAUAUUAAUGUAAAUGACAAGCUUGAAAACAGCCUAACUGGGAACUCUCUUAGUGGAGAUGAAAAUAAUUUAACCACAGAAACUUUAGUGAAAAUUCAGAAAGCAUUUUCUGAAUCUGGAAGUAACCUUAAUGCUUUGAUAAGUGACAAUCCUCCAUCAGAAUUUGAUUCAAAGAAAGAAAAAUUAAUUGAAGUACCUAAUUUAGAAUUUAGUCCUCAUAAGAAUCUAUUUGAGGCUAAAGAUGAUCAUGAAAAGACAAUAUUAUCUAAGGAAAAGCAUGAUGAAAAUCAUAUGAAUAAAAAAGAUUCCAUUGUUUCAGAGCAAAACUUCUCAGUAAAUCAAAUUCAAAAUUUGGCAGAAGAUACAACUAUGGAAUCUCAUGCAAUUCAGAAAACAACUAAGUCAGAUGAGAAUAUUCAUUUAAAUAUGCUGAAGGACUAUUUAAAUAAGCAAGAAUUUCCUAGGAAUGACCAAACAAUACAAGAACUCCUCAGGGACAAAGAAAUUAUUGCAACUGAAGAGACUAAAAUUGAAGAAAAUGAAUUGAGUUGCUCAAAUUCUGAGGAAGUUGUCGCUAAAUCAUCACAACAAAUUACAAAAUUACUAGAGCCUAGGAACAGAAGAACUUUUCAGCAGCAGCCAUUGGUACAAACUUGUGAUAAAACUCUUAUGCAGAAUUUUCAGAUAACUGAUCAUGGAAAGGUUUCAGAUCAUAUACAUUGGUUUAAUAAAUUGUCAUUAAAUGAAACGAGGACUGAAAGCAAAGUUAAGUCACCUCUGAAAUUUCAGCGUACUCCUGUUCGUCAGUCUGUCAGAAGGAUAAACUCCUUAAUAGAAAUGCAUAGACAAUCGGGGAGGUUGGCCAGUUUUAGAGAGGUGUCUUCCCCAUUGGUUAAAUCCAGGAGCUGUGAUAGUGAUCUUUCUUAUAUAGAGAGCACAGCAAACAAUUCAACUGCUCUUUUUCAUUCAGAUCAUAAACAAGAACAAAAGGCUAUGCCAUGUAACCAGUCAAGCUCAGAGCUGACUUCCAAAUCAAGUAUAGAGUUAUCUUCUAAACCUUGCUCAAAAGUGAAACGACAUACAGAUUCAUGGAAUACUUCUCUGAGACCUACAAGAAUUUCCGAACAGAAUGUGUUACUUGGUAGCCAGAUCAAGUCAGUUUUGGAUGACCUAACUAAUCAUGAAUCUUUAAAAUCUGUUAAUACACAAGAUAAUGUUGUUAGAAAACCAUCAGGAAGAGAAAGGGUUUGGUAUAAAGGUUCUCCAAAGAAUCCAAUAGCAAAGGUUCAGCUAAUGCCAACAACUAAACCUUUGGAACUGUAAUUAUAAAACUUUUUUUUCUUGAUUUAGUAAUGUAUAUAGGAUUAAGGUUCUGGUGCUUGAAUUGUAGUAUAUAGCCAUGCUUGUUUGUAGCUCAGGUUGAUUGUUUAUUAGAUUUUUUUGGAUAUUUUAAAAUUUCAGUGACAACUUGGAGUUUUUAAUGCAUGUGCAAAUUUCACUGUCCUGAUUUAACUUUUUAGAAACAGAUUUAUGAAUCAGCAUCUUGUUUUAAGACAAUUUUUAAAAAUGGCUUUGAAAUGAAGACUAGGUCAUUACCUAUUUAGAUAAAAUUUCAACAACGAAAAAGGGUAGAUAUGUUAAGUAAAUAAAUUAACUUUUAUUUUUGUCUUAUUUCUUUACAUAAUAUUAAUGUUCAGAAUCUUUGUGGAACGUUUAAUUUUAUACCUUUAUUAUUGGUAUAGCAUUCUUAAAACUUUUCUUAAUUAAAAAUGUUUCAACAUCACAUAUACUUACAACAAAUCUGUUCUGUGCAUUUGCAUGGCAUUUUAUAACGUGUUUGAGUCAUUCUGAGUUGUAUUGCGAUGUUUAAAUCAGAGAAAUCAAUGUACUAUGAUUAUGAUGCAGAAACAAUUGAUGAUAUUUUUAAGCCAUACUGUGUUUAAAGUUAAUUUGCACAAUCAUGUUUGUAUCUGUUGUCUUGUCCUAUUUGUAAUUAAAAAGUAUUUAAGGAGGAAGAGUAAAACUUGAAGCAACUUUGA